AUGCCUCGUGGUCAAAAGAGCAGGCGCCGCGCCCAGGAGAAGCGCCGCCAAGCUCGCAGCAUGGCCCAGAGCCUGCAGAGUGCUCCUGGCACUGCAGAAGCUGGAGAGUUGAUUCCCCUGGCCGGGGAAGGCGGAGCUCAGGGAGGCCCCCCUCCGACCAGUACUCCGGACACUGGUUCGGAGUCUGAUUCAGAGGAGGAUGCCCAGAUGCAAGUUUCCGCUGAAGGCGCGGUGGGCGGUGCUGAAGGCGGGGCAAGUGCCGAAGGCCCAGCUGCGCAAACAUCUCCCCAGAGUUAUGAGAACUGGCGCCGCGACCCUCUGAACAAGAGAGUGGUCCUGCUGGUUCAGUUCCUGCUGCAUAAGUAUCACAAGAAGGAGCUGAUCACGAAGGCUGACAUGCUGAAGUGUGUUGUCAGGAAAUACAAGAUUCACUUCAACGAGAUCUUCAGGAGGGCCUCGGAGCACAUGGAGCUGGCUUUCGGGGUCGAUGUGAAGGAAGUGGAUCCCAUCCGCCACUGCUAUGCCCUCGUCAACAAGCUCGAGUUCACUUUCGAUAACACGGCAAGCGAAGAUGACACCAUGCCCAGAACCGGGCUCCUGAUGAUUGUCCUGGGUGUGAUCUUCAUGAAGGGCAACUGUGCCCGGGAGGCGGAUAUCUGGGAAGUGCUUAAUAUGAUGGGUGUGUAUGCUGACAAGCACCACUUCAUUUACGGGAAUCCCAAGAAGACCAUCACCGAAGAUAUGGUGCGUCUCAAUUACCUGGAGUACCGCCAGAUACCCAACACUAACCCACCCGUCUUUCAGUUCUUCUGGGGUCCAAGAGCCCAUGCUGAGACCAGCAAGAUGAAAGUCCUCGAGUUCUUGGCCAAGAUCCACGAUACAGUCCCCAGCGCCUUCCCAGCCUGGUAUGAAGAGGCUUUGAGGGAUGAGGAUGCGAGAGCCCGUGCCAGGGCUGAAGCCAGAGCUCGUAUUGCUGCCUUCUCCAGCGCACGUGCUGCCAGGUUCAGUGCUGGCAACUUUGGCCAAGCUGAAUGA